CAUUCCAAGUCCAAGGAAGACCGAUUCCAAUGCUAAUCCAUGUCCACAAAAACCGUUUACCAGUAAAUAUCCAAUGAUGAAGAAUUCAUCAGAAUAAACCACCUUUACCGCGAGUUGUUUCUCAUCUUACUCCCCAAUGGAAGAUACGAGAGAUUCAACUGCUGUGCUACAUAUUGUGAAGAUUGUGAGGAUGGUUGUUAAGUUUCAUCCGCUAUUAAUGGUGACUAGUCUUAUCUUUGGAGUAAUAUUUAUGCGAUAUUGGAUUGAAGAGAAGGUCAGUAAUCAAUGGAAAAUUCUCAAGGUUUAUUGCCAAUCAACAAUGAGAAUCCUGCUAGAUCCGAUUAUUGAGAAGAUGAAGAAUCUAUCGAAAGCCCUCCACAUGCAUCUCAACAAUGAAGCGGCAAAUGGUCAGCUAAAGGCCAAGCUAAUCGUUUCAAGAGCUGGUUGGAAAAGUAUUGGUUGGAUUUGGAACGAGAUCUUCCUACAAAUACCACAGUUGGAAGCACUAGCAUUAUUUUGACUUUGUUAUUCACUGCUAUGGGUGUUGUACCGGUCUUCUUAGCAUCUCCUGUUGUCAAAUCUCCUUUGUUAGAUUAUAAAGGCUGGUUAGGUAGGACAAUCUGUUGCUUGAUUUGGAGGCUCCGGAUUUAUCAAGUCUAUCCUAAAGAUAGCUUAUUGCCCUCUAUAAAUACCAAAAGAAUCAGGGGUUUGAUUUUGAUUGUUGUAAAUGUUGCACAAGGCAUGUUCAUGUUUGUUUUUAUCAUAUCUCCCAUGGUCGAUUAUAAAUUAUGGUUAUUUGUAGUAACAAGUUAUGUGGUUUUCUUUUUUUGGUUACGAAGAUUUUUGCCGAAAGAUCAGCCACUACCCUUUACAAAUACCAAAGGAAAUACCAAAGGAAUCACCAGUAUGAUUUUGUCUUUGCAAUCCAUCGCUACAUGCGACAUUGCGGCGCUGUCUUGUUUGGAAACUCGCAAUCACUACAGUGAAUGGUUAGUUGGGGCAAUUUGUUAUUUUCUUUGGUGGGUUUGGUUAUGUAUUGUCAUUUCCCAAGGAUCUCUUACCAUCCAUCAUAGUUGAAUUUGAAGCUCUCUAGUGGUGGUAUUUAGCGCGUUUUCAUUUGUCAUGAUGUCUUGGAUCAAAUUGUCUAGAGCAACGCAUCAUCGACAAAAAGGAUGAAAAUCUUAACUGCUAGCUUAAAUCGUAAGUACUUGGAUUUAUAGAAAAUUUUAUAUACCUGUAUCAUUUCCUUUUUCAGGUAUAUGUAUAUAUGUAUACUAUAUUAUACUGAUUGUUUGCAAUUUUUCAGUUAUUUGUGUAUUGUUAUUUAGAUUAAUUGCAGCUGGUCUUUUGUUAUG